AUGAAUCUCUCCCUCAUUGACCCGUUUAUCUUGGCUCAGGACUAUCCAGACACCCUGACUGAGAAGCUUAGUGAUGGCCAUGCAACCUGCCUACGAUUCAAUCAUACCGGCGACUAUCUAGCAUCUGGACGAGUGGAUGGAACAGUGGUCAUCUUUGACAUUGAGACGAAUGGUGUGGCUCGCAAGCUUCAGGGUCACACCCGUCAGAUUCAAUCUCUCAGCUGGUCUAGAGAUGGUCGAUACCUUCUCACCUCUUCACAGGACUGGAAAUGUAUCCUAUGGGACCUGAAAGAUGGCUCACGCGUGCGAACUGUCCGAUUCGAGGCUCCCGUAUACAUUGCUGAGCUACACCCAUUCAACCACCUCCUCUUUGUGGCCUCCCUCUUCGAAGAUCAACCCGUUCUUGUCGACGUCUCCUCCUCAAAACCAAUCAAGCGCAUCCUUCCAUCCGCACCAUUUCGCCAACAGACCGAAGGCGAAGAAGUAGAUCCAGCCGUGGCAGCUAAGCAAGCUGCGCAAGACGCAAAACACUCGACAUGCGUAACCAUCUUCACGGCGUUUGGCAAUCACAUCAUAGCAGGAACGUCAAAAGGGUGGAUCAACAUUAUUGAAACUGAAACAUGUACAACAAUACAUUCCAUGCGCCUGUGCAAUGGAGUAAUCAUUCUCCUCCGCCUCGCCGGAAAUGGGCGCGAUCUUCUAUCCAACAGCUCAGACCGUGUCAUCCGCACAGUAAUAAUGCCCGAUCUCUCGCAACUCGGCAUCGACCUCGAGCCCUCGAACAUCAAACUCCACGUCGAACACAAGUUCCAAGAUGUCGUCAAUCGUUUAAGUUGGAACCACGUCACAUUUUCAUCAACAGGCGAAUUCGUCACCGCGACCACAUUCAUGAAUCCAGAUAUCUACGUCUGGGAACGCAGCCACGGCUCCCUAGUCAAAAUCCUCGAGGGACCACGUGAAGAGCUCGGCGUGGUAGAAUGGCACCCAUCGCGACCAAUGGUCGUCGCAUGCGGUCUGGAGUCCGGCUGUAUAUACAUAUGGUCAAUCAUAAGUCCACAAAAGUGGUCCGCCCUAGCGCCAGACUUCGGUGAAGUUGAAGAAAACGUCGAGUACGUCGAGCGCGAAGACGAGUUUGACGUUCAUCCAGCAGAACAGGUGCAUCAGCGUCGUCUCGAUCUAGAGGAUGAGGAGCCCGAUGCUGUAACCCUUCAUCCGUCCAAGGCCGAGGCUGACGCUGAGAGCGCCAAUGCUUUCGGUGUACCUGUCAUACUCGAUGUCUCUGAUAGCGAGAGUGGUGAAGAUGUCGUCGCCGUUGGUCCAGGCACUAUGCGUCGUCGAACGCCUGGUGCAGGCCGUGAAGGUGUAAAUGGCGAUACGGAGAAAGACAGCCGAGCCACUACGAAUGGAACGUCCCGCACUACAGGACGAAAUCGACGGCGUUGA